AUGCGUUCCGCCAUCGCUUCCUCAUCUCGCAUCGCUGCCAACACCCUCCGCCCACCACGGGCUCGCGCCGCUGUGCGUGCGUUGUCUACUACGGCCCGUAUCGCUGCUCCGCGGGUCGGCAUGGUGCGCGGCGUCGACUUUGGACGCGUUGCCAUGCCCCAUUUGCUUCAGCAGCAGACCCGCACCAUGUUUAUCCAGACCGAGACGACCCCCAACGAGGCCUCGCUCAAGUUCAUUCCCGGGGUCGAAGUCAUGCUCAACGGAGGCUCGCAGGAGUUCCUCGACAUCCGGAGCGCGCUUGCCUCCCCUCUCGCGACGCGGCUGCUCAACGUCGAUGGCGUGGUCGGCGUCUUCUUCGGACCCGACUUUGUGACAUGCUCCAAGGACGAAAGCUACAACUGGAGCGUGCUCAAGCCCGAGGUCUUUGCGAUUCUCAUGGAGCACUUUGCGAGCGGCGCCCCGCUGUUCAAGGAGGGCCACGAGUCGUCUGGCGCCGAGGACACGCGCGUGCUCGACACGGACAGCGAAGUCGUGGCUAUGAUCAAGGAGCUGCUCGAGACGCGUGUGCGCCCGGCCAUUAUGGAGGACGGUGGCGACAUUGAGUUCCGCGGGUUUGACGAGGACAGCGGUAUCGUGCAGCUCAAGCUCAAGGGGUCUUGCCGUGGCUGCAGCUCGAGCGAGGUCACGCUCAAGAACGGUAUCGAGCGCAUGCUCAUGCACUAUGUUCCCGAGGUGCAGAGCGUCGAGCAGUUCCUGGACGAGGAGGAGCGUAUCGCUCUCGACGAGUUCAACAAGCUUGAGGCCCGCCUCUCCAAAGACAAGAAGCAGGCCGAGGCCAACCCAAUGGCGCAAUUCAUGUCGCCAUAA